UUUAGAAAAGUAUUUCUAUUGCUAUUAUUCGAGAACAUAUUGAACACGUACUUUGCUGGCUCUUGAUUUUGAUUUGGUUUUGAAAUAAAGAGGAAGCUGUCUCGUUAAGGACUACGUGGCUUCUGUUUUGGAGGUUUCUGGGGAUGGUUCCUUCUCUAUUCUCUUUGUUUUGUUGUCUAUUCGACAAGUUUCCCUGCAAAAGAUUUGAUUUUCUCGCCUUCCCCUCUAUUUUUUCUUCCUCAUUUCUAAUUUUCUCCUCCAUUGAAAAACUAAGCCAGUUGUAAAGAUUUGCUCUUUUAAAGUCUUGCCAUGUUCUUGAUUUUCUUGGAAAGGAAAUGGGAUUCUUGAGCACUUUCUUGGGAGUUUUUGGUUUUGGAUUUGGACUUCCUAUUGGACUUCUACUUGGGUUCUUUCUCUUUGUUUAUUCUCAUCCAAAAGAUGUUAAGGAUCCAGUGGUUAGACCGCUUCAUGAAUUGGACUCGAGCACCUUGCAAGAAAUUCUGCCUGAGAUUCCAUUUUGGGUGAAAUGCCCUGAUUAUGAAAGAGUGGACUGGUUAAACAAGUUUCUUUUGGAUAUGUGGCCUUACCUUGACAAGGCAAUUUGUGCUACAAUAAAAAGCACAACAGAACCUAUAUUUGCAGAGUACAUUGGGAAGUAUAAGAUAGAAGCAAUUGAAUUUGAGCAUCUUACUCUUGGAACUCUUCCUCCUACCAUUCAUGGUGUCAAAGUAUAUGAGACUAAUGAGAAGGAUUUAGUCAUGGAACCAGCAAUUAGGUGGGCUGGCAAUCCCAAUAUAAUUUUGGUGUUAAAAUUAAUGUCUUUACAAGUCAAAGUUCAGUUAGUUGAUUUGCAAGUAUUUGCAGCACCACGGAUAGCAUUGAAACCUCUACUGCCUACCUUUCCAUGUUUUGCAAACAUUGUGGUGUCCUUGAUGGAGAGGCCGCAUGUAGAUUUUGGACUAAAAAUUCAGGGAGGGGAUGUAAUGUCAAUACCUGGCCUUUACCGAUUUGUUCAGGAGAUCAUCAAAAAAAAAGUAGCAAGCCUUUAUCUUUGGCCCCAAUCUCUUGAAAUACCUAUCCUUGAUGCAUCAACUGUGGCUGUAAAGAAGCCUGUGGGGAUACUGCAUGUGAAGGUUGUGCGAGCAAUGAAACUCUUGAAGGCUGAUUUCUUGGGAACAUCUGAUCCAUAUGUUAAACUCAACCUGACUGGAGAGAAGCUGCCAGCAAAGAAAACCACAAUCAAGAAGAAUAAUUUGAAUCCUGAGUGGAAUGAGAACUUCAAGCUUAUUGUCAAGGAUCCUCAGUCUCAAGUUCUUCAACUACAAGUGUUUGAUUGGGAUAAGGUUGGUGGACAUGACAGAUUAGGAAUGCAGUUAGUUCCCCUAAAUGUCCUGACUCCACAUGAUACAAAAGAAUUUACUCUCGAUUUGCUUAAACACUCAAAUAUUACCGACCCUCGAGACAAGAAGCAAAGGGGGCAAAUUGUGGUGGAGCUGACUUUUGUGCCUUUCAAAGAAGACAGUGCCAAAUUCAAUGAACCUUUGCAUGGUGGAAGUGAAAAUUCUUCUGAAGAUGAGAGGUUAAGUGGAGCAGGUUUACUUUCAGUUAUGGUUCAAGGAGCUGAGGAUGUAGAAGGAGAGCAUCACAAUAAUCCAUAUGCUUCAGUCCUCUUCAGGGGGGAAAAGAAGAAAACAAAGGUUAUCAGAAAAACUCGUGAUCCACGAUGGAAUGAGGAAUUUCAAUUUACACUUGAUCAGCCUCCUUUACAUGAGAAGAUCCGUAUUGAUGUUAUGAGCAAGCGGAAACGCUUUAGUUUCCAGGCAAAGGAAUCAUUGGGGCAUGUGGAAAUUAAUCUUGAUGAUGUUGUGCAUAACGGACGUAUCAACGAGAAAUACCAUCUAAUCGAUUCGAAGAAUGGAGUGAUACAUGUUGAGAUACGGUGGGACACAGUUUGAGAAAUGGAAUGAAGUAAUGAAAGAUGCUUUCUUUGAGAACAUACAUGUCUACAGAAUUUAUUGCAGGACACAGAUUAUUACAGGACCAGGAGAAGACGAUCAAAACCACACUGCAUUUUUCUUUUAAAUCUUUCUUUAAAAUGCUUUAGCUGAUACUGCAAAAUGUUAUCCAAAAUUCAAACACUAUUUAUCUCCUUUUAAUGAAAGUAAUAGUCAUUUGUGCAUAAA